AUGAAGUUACUUUCUUCCGUUGUACUCGCCGCUGAGGCAACUAAGAACUCAUCCAGUUCAUAUCCUGGCUGUGAUUUACCGAGAGUGAGAAAAGGAUGUCACAAGGUAAACGGACCGGUUUUCGGAUCGUCGGUGAAGUGCAUGAAUCAGUGCUCUUAUUUCAAGCAAGCUUCGAAAACAAAAACCAGGGUCAUCAAUCGUAAAUAUGGCUCCGUUCUUUUCUCCGUCGAUUUCAAAGGAAAAGUCCAGCCACCAGCUGAGGAAGAUUACACUGGAAUGAUUCGCUUCAAGAAGUCCAACUGUGGGGCCUUCGUUACAAAACACCAUCUUCAUAUGCAAGAUUUGCACGUCUCCUUCUCCGAUCGACAGCUCGACGUCUACGAAAAUCAGUUCAUCGGACACCAAGCUCCGAAAAAGGAUUGGAUGGAGCACAAAGAAGCCACUCUUAUUCAGUUUUCUCGACGAUAUCAAAAGAAAGAGCUGAAGGACGAGAAAGGUGACUCUUUCCUGAUGGAGGUUAACUUCGAUGAAGAUGCGCACAGUUUUGAUGAUGUUGAACAAUGCGUCACAAAAGCCAGUUAUUACUUUAUGACAGAGGACACCUCGGAAAGCCACAACGAAGAUUACACAAAAUGCAUGCUCCACACUCUCUACAAAGAAAAAAUCGACUGGGAAGAAACCUUUCAACUCCCGCCUCUUUCCAUGCCAAAAACGAAAUCAUGUUCAGAUCCGCGAAUCUCUCCAAGGAUCGCAGGUGGCCAAGAGACGAAAAAAGGACGAUAUCCUUGGUUCGCGUGGAGCGAAAAAUUUGGCAAAGCAGAGGAUGAAAACUGCGGCUUGACAAUUUUGACCAAAAACGAGGACGGAAGUGAUGACUGGCUUUUGACAGACUCGUGGUGCUGCUACUUCCAUCCGAGUGAUUGGGAUAUUCACGUUGGCGCUCAUAAUUUGGAAUAUCCAAACGACGAUGAAUUCAUCAUCAAUCCUAUUGAAUACAAACAAGGACAAUUCCCCAACGGAAACCACUGCAUAGUAAGAGUUCCGAAUUUGAUCGACAGUGCGCCUCAAUCGUGCUCCGGGGGAUCGUGCUUUGAACCCGCAUGCUUGUCUGACGAAGAACUGGAAGACGGAACUAGCUGUUACAUUGCCGGAUUCGGCGGACAAAAAGACGCUGAUUAUAACUACGGCUAUAAUAACUUCACUGAUUACUACUACUAUGGAUAUGAAUGGCCAGAGCAAGCUAAAAUUCUCCGCGACGCUCCUCUCAUCGUUUUGGAUGGCGAACUUCGAUCUCUCAACGAAAAUGAUCAAGCAAAAGCUUGUCUUGGUGAUGCAGGCGGAGCGCUGAUUUGUCUCAUUGAUGACUACCCUAUUCUAACUGGCGUUCUCGAAUAUAAUGGCGGUUCUUGCUAUGAACUUGAUGAUCAGAUUUUGAGUUCGGUCGACGCAAGUGAAAUCGAGGAUUUUAUUCAGAAUCCACCACCAUUUGAAGGAACACUCCCUGGGCCUCUUCCAAAUGCGACUUUUGAGGAGCCGUCCUGGAAAAACAUGACAUGUGAGACGCCUUUAGAGCCGAUUGAGAGCGAGCCUCUUGCAAGAAUCAUCGGAGGAAGACAUGUUCCGAUCGAAGCUCAUCCUUACUAUGUGAACUUUGACUUCAGCUGCGGAGGAACAUUGAUCACCAACUUCGAUGAUGGUUCUAGUGAUUACGUUCUGAGCGCUGCGCAUUGCUGUUUCUACUACGAUGACAAUUACGCCUACUACAGCUACUACAAUUAUGGUGAAUCGAGUGAUCCUCAAGUACACCUUGGAAUGUCAAAUGAAGCAGACACUUCAGGCGAUUGCAAUUUAUCACUUGAUAUUGAAGAUUUCAAGAUUCACAAUAGUUAUGACCAUUGGAAUUACGAUUACAAUGGGCAAGAAAACAAACUCGGCGCUGACGGUCCAGAAACAUGUGCUUCUAAGAUCGCACCAGCUUGCCUCCCUGCUGAUCACGUAGCUGACGGUUCUUACUGCAAAGUUGCUGGAUAUGGCGUUGGAAACGAGCCUUCCAACCUCUUGAAUGAGGUCGGUCUUCAUACUUUUUCAAACGAGUACUGUAACGCGACAAAAAUGGUCGAUUUCCAAGCGGGAGAGUGGGAGACUCAGAUAACGAAUCAAAUCGCCAUCCUCCAAAAGAAAAAGUCCUGGUACCAGUGCUCCACCGAAUACGAAUCCGACAUUUCAGAAGGCUCCGAUUCUGAGUUUGAAAUCUACCGCGCUAGGAGACGAGUGCCACUUCAUCGCAACGAUAUUGUACGCCUCAGCGAGCCACUUGCAGCCUCUCAGCAUCUUUCUGAUUGUGUUCAGCGGCCAAGUUCGAAGCUAGAAGCUGCGACAGACCAAAUAACAAGACUUGCGGGGUUUGGCAGUGCUUGCAUGAGGGAAAUUUGUGAAAGAAAGAGUUAUGAAGAUCAUUUAGACAAAGUCAGGAAAGAAGUGGAGAAGGAAAAUAUGCGACCGAUUCGACUCGUUCCUCUAGCAGGAGUGCACCAGGACGAGCUGCGCGCGGUCCGCAAAAAGAUCGCCACAAAAGGCAAAGAAGCAAAAAAGUAG